UGCACCACCACGCACGGUGGUGCUCCGUGGGGCGAGGGGGGACACCCCCCUCGAGCUGGGACCGAGCCUCUCCGGGAGGGAGGGAGGAAAGGAGGAGGGAGGGGAGGACGGGGAGGAGGAGGAAGGGGAGCACGGAGAGGAGGAGGGAAGGGAGGACGGAGAAGAGGAGGGCGCAAGAGCUGGAGCCGCGUUGGGAGUGAGGUCUCCGAGGCAGCUUUGCAAUGCGGGGUGGCUGAGCCAUACUUCCCUAACCUUUUGGGGAGCAUCCAUCCAGAAGAUUCCUUAUUGGUCCAGAACCGGAGGAAGAGAAAACACGGAAAUCCCAGCAUGGGGACCCGAGCUCCCUGCUUGACUUCAUAGUCGGGGGCACCACUGGCUUGUCUCCCCCAUUAACUUCCAGGACACUGAAGAAAGUGUACCCCCAAGCAUGGAGACUGAGGACUCGAGCUGCUGACCCCAUCCUCACCUCCUGCCCUCUGACCUGCCCUUCCUUAGCUGACUUGAGCACUCCAAUGCUGAGUCGCAGAGGUGGCCUAGGGGCGGCUGGCCUGGCGUCAGUGCCAGGCUUGUGGGCAUCAUGGGGGUGUGCUUGAGUGGAGCUCCUGGCUGAGACCGAACCCCCACCCCUAGGAGUUGAGGGGGGUGGGGGGGCCGAGGAGAGGAUGGCUGUGGGCGGCUUGGGCGCCGAGGAGGCCUCCCUGCGCUCCAAUGCCUUGUCCUGGCUGGCCUGCGGGCUCCUGGCCCUUCUGGCUAACUCCUGGAUUAUCCUCAGUAUCUCGGCCAAGCAGCAGAAGCACAAACCCCUGGAGUUGCUGCUCUGCUUCCUGGCGGGCACCCACAUCCUCAUGGCGGCUGUGCCCCUCACCACCUUUGCCGUGGUGCAGCUCCGGCGCCAGGCCUCGUCCGACUACGACUGGAACGAGAGUAUCUGCAAGGUCUUCGUGUCCACCUAUUACACGCUGGCCCUGGCCACCUGCUUCACUGUCGCCUCGCUCUCCUACCACCGCAUGUGGAUGGUGCGCUGGCCCGUCAACUACCGUCUCAGCAAUGCCAAGAAGCAGGCACUGCACGCUGUCAUGGGCAUUUGGAUGGUCAGCUUCAUCCUCUCCACGCUGCCCUCCAUUGGCUGGCACAACAACGGCGAGCGCUACUAUGCCCGUGGCUGCCAGUUCAUAGUCUCCAAGAUCGGCCUGGGCUUUGGCGUCUGCUUCAGCCUCCUGCUUCUUGGGGGCAUUGUCAUGGGGCUGGUCUGCGUGGCCAUCACCUUCUACCAGACGCUGUGGGCCCGGCCCCGGAGGGCUCGGCAGGCCAGGAGAGCAGGCUGUGGGGCUGGCUCCAAGGCCGGAGGACCUGGGGGCUUGGGGAUGCGGCCGGCCUUUGAGGUCCCAGCCAUUGUGGUGGAAGAUGCCCGAGGAAAGCGGCGCUCCUCUCUCGAUGGCUCUGAGUCAGCCAAGACAUCUCUGCAGGUCACCAACCUGGUCAGCGCCAUCGUCUUUCUCUAUGACUCACUCACAGGGGUGCCCAUCUUGGUGGUGAGUUUCUUCUCCCUCAAGUCGGACUCUGCACCUCCCUGGAUGGUGCUGGCCGUGCUCUGGUGCUCCAUGGCUCAGACGCUGCUGCUGCCGCCCUUCAUCUGGUCCUGCGAGCGCUACCGGGCCGACGUGCGCACCGUGUGGGAGCAGUGUGUGGCCAUCAUGUCUGAGGAGGAUGGUGACGACGACGGCAGCUGUGAUGACUAUGGGGAUGGCCGCUUGUGCAAAGUUCGCUUCGAUGCUAACGGGGCCACAGGCGUGGGGGGCAGAGACCCCACCCAAGUGAAGCUGCUGCCUGCAAGGCACAUGCUCUUCCCGCCCCUGGAGCGGGUCCACUACUUACAGGUUCCUCUGUCCCGCCGACUGUCCCACGAUGAAACCAACAUCUUUACCCCUAGGACACCCGGCUCCUUCCUGCACAAGUGGUCGUCCUCUGAUGACAUUCGAGUCCUCCCACCCCAGAGCCGGGCUCUGGGAGGUCCCCCAGAGUACCUGGGUGGAAGGAGACAAAGGCUGGAGGAUGACGAAGAGGAGGAGGCCGAAGGUGGGGGGCUGGCUAGCCUUCGCCAGUUCCUGGAAGGGGGGCUUCUGGGAUCUGGGGGUCCCCCACGAGGGCCUGGCUUCUUCCGGGAGGAGAUCACCACCUUCAUCGACGAGACGCCUCUGCCUUCUCCCGCUGCUUCUCCAUGCCCCUCUCCUCGAAGGCUCCGGUCCCUAGGCCUAUCACCCCGUCGACUCUCCCUUGGGUCCCCCGAUAGUAGAGCCAUUGGACUUCCGCUGGGGCUGAGUACAGGGAGACGCUGCUCCCUCACUGGGGGUGAAGCGAGUGCCAGGGCUUGGGGAGGAUCGUGGGGCCCAGGCAACCCCAUCUUCCCCCAGCUGACCCUGUGAACCCCAGUGGGCCUGCUGAACUCAGAGGGGAGAGGCCUGAGUGAGGAGCCCCCUGGGUCUGCCAGAGACCAAGGCCAUCUGCCUCAGACACCUGGAGGAUGGGCAAAGGAUCUGGGGUUCCCCCUGGAGCUCUGCCUUCGCCAUCUCCCUCCCGUGCCAGCCACCAGCUGCCCCGCCCGCCUUCCACCAUUCCUAAAAAAAAUGUAUUAAAAGGCUAACGUGUUACCAUGGAAA